ACAAACCAAUUCAAAAACAUAAGCCAUGAGUUCCCUAAAAUCCUACGGGAAGGUGGACGAAGUCGAUCAAAUGCGCCUAGAUGCGCGAAGGAAAACACGAAAAAGAAUCGCGAUUGUGGCAGUAUCAUCUCUCAUACUUGUUAUCGUCGUAGUUGCCGCAGUUGUGGGAACUACGCGUAACAAAGACCACAACCAUAAUGGCAACGUGUCACAAUCUCAACCAGCAUUUGCUUCCAUCAAAGCCAUUUGCGACACGACAUUGUACCCGGGCACAUGUUACAGCUCCCUAUCCCCCCUUGUAAACUCAACAAAUAUUGAACCUGAUGUGUUACUUAAACUCUCGGUUGUAGUCGCGAUAAACGAGUUGUCAAAAGCAUCCACACUUCCGGAGCUCAAGAACUGUAGUGAGCUAAUUGAUCUUGCCCUUGAUCAUCUAAACGACACGCUGUCAUCAGCAAUAGGUACCGAUUUGGUAUCACUAGGAACUAUGUUUGAUGAUCUCAUGACAUGGCUUAGUGCUGCUGGAACAUACCAACAAACAUGCAUAGACAGUUUUCAAGAAAAUGUUUUGGACAACCUUAAAAUGUCAACCGAGUUAACAAGCAACAGUCUUGCAAUCAUAAAGGGGUUUUCAACCGUUACGGAUUCUUACAACCAAAGAAGACGGUUGAUGAGCGUAGCAAGGAGCGAUGACAUGCCCGAAUGGUUGUCAGGGAAAGACCGGAAGCUGCUACAGAAGACGAAACUAGCAGGAGGAAUUAAAGCGGAUGUGGUGGUGGCUAAGGAUGGGACAGGGAAGUACAAGAAAAUUUCUGAUGCUUUAAAGGCAGUUCCUGAUAAGAGCAAGAAAAGAUUUGUGAUAUAUGUUAAGAAGGGAGUUUACUAUGAGAAUGUUAGGAUUGAAAAGCCCAAAUGGAAUGUCAUGAUGAUUGGUGAUGGCAUGGAUAGAACAAUUGUAUCAGGAAGUUUAAAUGUUGUGGAUGGCACACCAACAUUCCAGUCAGCAAGUUUUGCUGUGUUCGGCAAAGGGUUUAUAGCCCGCGACAUGGGUUUCCGCAACACCGCUGGUGCUUCCAAGCACCAGGCGGUCGCUCUAAUGUCGACAGCCGACCAAUCUGUAUUCUACCGUUGCCGAAUCGACGCUUUCCAAGACUCUCUUUACGCCCAUUCCAACCGCCAGUUUUACAGAGAAUGCAACAUUUACGGGACAGUAGACUUCAUUUUCGGCAACUCAGCCGUUGUCCUUCAAAACUGUAACAUACAUCCAAGGAGACCAAUGACCGGCCAACAAAACACGAUCACAGCCCAAGGCAAGUUUGAUCCUAACCAAAACACCGGCAUUUCGAUUCAAAACUGCAACAUUUCGCCAUUCGGUAACUUGAGUGAUGUUCACACGUUUCUGGGACGUCCGUGGAAAAACCACUCAACUACAGUUUACAUUAACAACAACAUGGCAGGCUUCAUUGAUCCAAAGGGAUGGAUGCCAUGGGUUGGAACAUCGGCUCCCGACACGAUAUUUUAUGCCGAAUUUGGUAAUUAUGGUCCCGGUGCAGUGACAAAGUAUAGGGUGAAAUGGAAGGGGUUGAAGUUUAUAACGAGCAAGCAAGCGAGUAAGUUCACUGUCAAACCUUUUAUUCACGGAGACAAGUGGGUUAAAGAUGCAGGUGUUCCAUACAAAUCAGGACUCUGAUAGCUACUUCUUGAACACUUGUUUUUUGAGUCCAAAAUCUCCUGAUUUUUCUUGUUUUAUUUGCUAUUCACAUUCAUUUUGCAAGUGAUCAUGUAUCGUGUAUUUUUUUUACAAUGUUAUAUGAAAUAAAUGAGAGUGUAUACUAAAGGUGGUUGGUAUUUUUUUGUUU